AUGUUUCAGAUCGGUGAGGGAUGGCAGGUUAUGCACUGAAGCGAUUAAUGGCUGAGUACAAGCAAUUGACGUUAAAUCCACCUGAAGGGAUUAUUGCUGGACCAAUUAGUGAAGAUAAUUUUUUCGAGUGGGAAUGUCUAAUCACGGGACCUGAUGAGACAUGUUUUGAAAAUGGCGUCUUUCCAGCAAAGAUUGUUUUCCCGCAGGAUUACCCUCUUUCUCCGCCAAAAAUGCAGUUUACUUGUGACAUCUUUCAUCCAAACAUCUACCCGGACGGACGUGUUUGUAUUAGCAUCCUUCAUUCUCCAGGUGAUGAUCCAACGGGCUAUGAGUCAAGUGCAGAACGAUGGUCCCCGGUGCAGUCCAUCGAAAAAAUCCUGCUUUCUGUAGUAUCUAUGCUUGCUGAACCAAACGACGAAAGUGCUGCCAACGUAAAUGCAGCAAAAAUGUGGCGUGAAGAUCGUUUACAAUUCGAGCGUAUUGCGGAUAAUCUGGUUCGGAAAACGCUAUGCCUACCCCCUAAUACCUCACUGUAAUUAUGCUGUCUCGUGGAUUCGUCGACGUAAUUCCAGUGGCAGUUCUCUCCCUUACAUCGCAGUUGCCUAUUUAUGUCAUGUUACUAUUUUUGUAUAUCGGGAUUCAUUUCCAAUUACGAUCCCUCUCAUUUCGAUGUUAAUACAACGAUGCAUAAAGUUUUAUGCAUUCUUGAGUUCCAGAGUUGAGUUGUAUUUAUCAAUUCUUGAGUUGUAUUUAUCAUUCAAAGGCUAUCUCUCUAGUCUGUGUAGUACUCUCCGCUUUUUAUUCUAGAAAACACGCUCCUUACUCUUCAUAGGAUUCAGUGACAGCAUAAAACGUGCCAACUGUAGUACUUGCAAUACGAGAUCGUUUGAAUGGAAAAUCAGCCUCAAUUUUUUGGCGUUGAUAAUAAUGAAUAAAGAAGAUGAUGGAUCGGAACUUCUUAGAGGAUACUCUUGUCUAUGGCAUGCAUCACAAGUCAUUCAGACAUCGAACUCGUCAUCUCCACACCUCUUGUUCAGUAACAUGCCA